UAGUAAGAGCUUUAUACUAAAAUCUUUGGUUUUAUAGUGAUGAUCUGUGCCUAGCAGUAGCACUAUAGUAGCUCAGUUAUAGUGAAUUUGUAUAAUCUGUGCUGCUUUUUUUCAACGUUUUUGCUUACACCUAUAAUAAGGCGAAUUACGUGUAAAAUGCCUAAACACAAGAAGCAAGCGAGUUCUAGCAGCUCGGAUAGCGACGAUGGACCAGUCGACAGAAACCCUCCAGCAGAAAAGAAAGCUAAAAUGGGUGACAGGACAGAUGACAAAGAGCCAACAUGGGUAUUAGAGGGGAAGAAGUUGGUUAAGGUCAGAGAAUUUAAAGGCAAGGUAUAUGUAGAUAUAAGAGAAUUUUAUGAAAAGAAUGGUCAACUGUUACCAGGCAAGAAGGGCAUUAGCAUGACCCCAGAACAGUGGAAAAAGUUGUUGUCACUUGGUGACCAAAUAAAUGAAACACUUAGUUCCUUAUGCUGAAAGCAAAAUACAUGUUGUUGUUGUUUUUCAUUAUUCUGUGUAAUAAAUGUGAGUUAUCUUAAAA